CACCAAACUAACAUGCAGCGCAUCAACGGGAGGCGACUCCUUUCUUCGUAUAUCCCAGCUCAUGGAAAGCCUCGGAUGCUGGAGCUGCAGCUCCUUCAGGAACUCGUGUCCAAGUCGAAGAAGAUACUGGUGCUGACGGGUGCUGGUAUCUCGACGGAGAGCGGGAUUCCAGACUAUCGAUCGGCAGGCGUCGGUCUGUAUGCGCGAGCGAACCAUCGUCCAAUCCAGCACAUGGACUUCAUGACGAGCGCAGCAACGCGUCAACGCUAUUGGGCACGAAACUUCAUGGCAAGGGGAAAAUGGCGCGCCGUUCAGCCCAAUACGAACCACAACAUCUUGGCGCGAUGGCAAGAGUCUGGGCGUUGGGACGUGACGAUUGUCACGCAGAACGUCGAUCGGCUCCACACAAAAGCCGGAAGUCGCCAUGUACACUGCUCCACAUCUCACUUCGCACGCCUUCAUCCUUGUGUAUGUAUGCAGGUAAUUGAGCUGCAUGGGUCCUCCGAGGAAGUGCUUUGCAUGCAUCCUGGGUGCGCGGCCCCGCCCAUCGAUCGCGACACGUUCCAGGCAAUCUUGUCGCGGUUGAACCCCAUCUACGAAGAUUUGGUACAUCAAGACGUCGUGGCGCAGUCCACAACGGCAGUGUACAACGAUGGGAGUGUCGUAGCAGACGACAAAGACGACCGCAUGCGUCCAGACGCAGACAUGUUCCUCACGCAGGAGAUGGAGCGGGCGUUUCAAGUUGCCGUAUGCCCAUACUGCGGCCAGGCCAUGUACAAGCCCAAUAUUGUGUUCUUUGGCGACAGUGUGCCCAAGCCAAAAGUCGAUCAGAUUUACGAGACUGUGCGGCAGAGCGACGCCAUGGUCGUCCUCGGAUCGUCGUUGCAUGUCUUUUCUGGCUACCGCUUUGCCAUGCGCGCCAAGGAAUGGAACAUCCCCCUCGCGAUCGUCAACAUCGGACCGACGAGAGCGGACCCGCUGGCGACCCUGAAACUUGACGCGAAAUGCAGCGCCGUGUUGUCGCAGCUUAACUUGACAUGAGAGCUUUCUGGUCGACUCGUUGAGGUCGGGCCACUCGACAGUGCGUGUGGUUGUCCAAUGGAGAUCCCCACUCGGACCCAACUUGCAUGGACAUGAAGGAGCUUCGGACACACUGUCCAACAUGUGCAACACCCCGAGGCCACAAUUUGUUUGCCAAGGUGAG